AAGAGGACAAAAAUCACUACUUUUUCAGGAUCUUCACCCUAGUGAACCUUUGCUAGAAUUAACCCCUCUGAUUACCCUUUUCUCUCCAAGUUCUCUAACCUUUCCUUUUCUGCUUGUCUUUUCCAUUAUUUUGUCUCUUCUAAUUGUUUCAUACAGCACUUAUAACACCAAAGGGAAAAUCCUGGUAGGUUCUACUACUGAGCAGAACAGCACCAACUGUCAGCACUUCAUUCUUACAAAAAGAAAAACAUUCAGCUUUGUAGUGAAUCAUGAACUUCUGAUAACCACAUCUAAAAGCAGCUCCCACACCAAUCUGCACAGCAUAUUCUAAAAGAAUUUCAGAGCUAUGAAAAUAUUAAGAUUUUUUAAUUUGUGAAUGCAUUUGAUUAAGACCUAAGCACUAUAACACUGCAUUUUUCCACUUACUGACAGUCAUAUAAGCAAUGAUGCCUGAGAGCAGCAAUUCAUUUAAACAAAGGAGUCACAAAAAUGGCAUUAUUCAUUAACCCAGCCCUGCUAUCUCACUGUACUUCACUUGAUUUAUUAAACACUACCCAAGUUUUACAUUUUCAAAGUGCAUUUAUUAAUUAAUCUGGAUUAUAUAAGUAAUCUGCUUCAUGUAACUUGUUUCCUGAUUGAGUACACAGCUGCCUGCACAAUUUUUAAUCAUCUGGAGAACACCCAGCACAUCCACUACAGCAUGUUCCAUUUUAAGAUCUCAUUAUUUUUUUACAUUUACAUUUAUUUUUAAUUUUGGUAAAUCCAGAGGCUUUCUGCAAAUCUGCAGAAUUGGUUUAUGUUCCUCUCUGUUACCACUCCUCUGUUUUCUGAAUUGAGGUUUAUAAAGGUUACUCGUGUAUUGGUAGCAGGCAUUAAAGUACCAUACAUAUCUUUCACUUGUUUAAUUACAACAAACACGGGGUAAAUCAAGUGAUGAACAGUUUGAAAAAUGAAUAGUGGGACACUAUGACAGAGAAGUAAGGGUUGCAGAGUAUUCAGAGCAUUGGGCAGAACAGUGGGUCUCACACAGGAAGUGGGAGAGCAGUCUAAGUUUGUUGGAAACAGCAGCUCAGUCUGAGCUCAGGCAUUUGGGAGUGAGAAUCCCCCCAGGCAGGACAGACCAUCAGUCUUUAUCCCAAGGACAGAAUGACUGGAACACCACUGAUUCCAAAGAAGCCCUCCAUGCUCAUUUCUCUUUGAUUUUCUUCUGAAUGCAGCAUGAAAUACACCCACCCACCUAUAGGCUAAUGACUUAGGAAGUAAUUUGUGCAAGUUUUUAAAAUCACAUCCUAUUAAGCAUACAAAACCAUGAGGUUGCUUCCUGCAGCAAAGGUUCACGUGAAAGGACUCUAAUCUUAAUAAAUGUUAUGUUUUAAAAAAGAAAAGAAAUUCCGGGUUCUCAUCUGGAAAACACAAGUGGAACUCCUCUAAAAUGAAAAAUUUCAUAAGAACAGGGGAAAAGACUGCAUGCUGUACACCAGACCAGAGCAUUUCUUGCCACAACAACAGCCAGCUGGUAUUACAGAAGCCAAACACAUCCAAACGUACCCAACUGCAACAAGCUAGAUCCAUUGCACCAACUCCACCUUCUCUAAUUUCCAAUUACAGUAGAUAGUAAUAUUAAUUCUGGUUGGUUUUUUUUAGAAGCAAUCACUGUUUCCUCAUGAAAAAAAAAAAAUAAUAAAAUUCAAGGACUUGAAAUGUUUGUGUAAAAAACAAAGGAAUUUCAGCUUUGCAAAUUCAGAAAGGUUAUUCCUGCUGAUCAAGGUGUUCUCUGGCAGAUGUUUGUCCAACAAUAUCACAAGGUCUCCUUGCUGUACCUUGUUUAUACUGGGACUUUAAAUACGCAUGAAGGUAUUUGCCACAGUUCCUUGAUGCUAUUGCAGCACUUUCAACAGAAGACACUCCAAUGAACUUAAACACUAUUGUGAAAUGGACAAAGGCAUCAGAACAGCAGCUUGCAGAGCUGUGGGUGAGACUCAGGGUAACUGAAGAGCUGUAAGCUGAAGGGAUUUACACUGAAGGACAUGCUGGAUGGGCUGUGUAGGUUUUGUCCAAAUGUCCUUUCAGGAUCCAAUCACAAAAGCAUAAAGGUACAUUUGUGACACCAGAAUGGCUUAACAUACAUCAGGGAAUUAUUUAAAGGCACAUAUAAUUAAGAAGUCUUCAAAAUCUGAUGUUAUACAUUUCUAUGUCCACUAUAUAUCCUACAAACAGUCUAUGUGUCUGUAACACACACAAACACACUCACCCACCAUCAACUUUACCAAAAUUACACCCUGAAGACUUAAAAUCACGUGAACAAUAAGGGUAUUUUAAUAGGGUAGGAUAGUUGUCUUCAUUAGAGAACAAAGGUGCUGUUUUUUUUUUUUGUUUUUGUUUGUCCAUUUUCAGUAAUAACAAAAUCUGUGGCCAAAACUUAGAAAACAACAUUUGUACCCAAUUCCUUGCUGUUCAUUACUUCGGAUAGGCAUUAUUUUGUUCAGUGUCUUAGAUGCAGUUCCAUCCACGACUACUGCAGCCUCACAAUACAAUUAGAUAACAUGCAAAUACAUUCCCAUUAUCUAGAUAUUUACAUCAGUGUUAAAAUCUAAUGUCCUACAGAAACCUGGAAGUUGUUUCCUGAACUACAAACACUAAAUUAACUCCUGCAGUCCUCCCAGAUGUGACCAUUAUGAACAAGGCAGAAGGACUCGAUACUUUCCCAAAAACACUGCUCUCCAGAACAGGGGAUGUGCAUCCCCAUGACCCAUCCGUUCCUUUUUAGAUAGGACAACAUUCAGAGAUGGCACUGAGCAGACACGCUAUUUAUCCAAGGACCAAGCCAGCACUCAUUUACCAGCCUCACAAGCUUGAUGAAUUAAUAGCUACAAGAGACAGUAAUCGUUAACUAAAAACGUUCUGAGAGAGUUUUCCAAAGUUCCUUCACUGGAAGGGCAGCACUGCAGGAGCUGUGAGCACCACUCCUGGCACUGUGUCUGAGCAGCAAUAGGACAAAGACUGACUGACAACCUGGGAUGAGUGGGAAGGUCUCCUCCAUAAAGUGCAUGUUCUGUGCUGAGCUCUUUCUCUCAGGAGUCACAGCACCCACUACAGCAGACUGCCUGAGCUGCAGCCUUUAUUCAUACAGUUUCCCGUCAAGUCAGUGACAAUUUUCUAUCUGCUGUCCCUGAGUCCCAAUUUACUUUGAGGUUUUCUCUAUCUUUCCAAGCAAUAUUCUAUUUUUAUUGUAAGUAUCCAAAAUAAGCCAGCCUUCCCACUUACUGCUACAGCUCUGCAAAUCCAGUAAACCUGAACUGUUAAUUUUUCACUUAUUAAAACCCCCAAGAGUCCUAAUAAAAGCACAGACAGUGAACAGUUCAGGAGGAUGACAUUUCCUCCAUUAUCCGUGCAGUGCCAGACAUCAGGGCAUUUCCUUCCUAUGCUUCUUUGCUGCAAUCUGGAAAGUUUCAGCAGGUAAACAGUUAAGAGGAAGGGGGGAGGAGGAGGAGGAGGAGAGAGGGCAGCUUUCCCUCCCAUUCUCAUCAUCCAGCACACUCUGCUAGCAGCACUGGGGUUAAAGCCUUGGAGGUAAACCACGACUAUUUAUAAUCAUCAGCAAUGCACUCUACGUAUCUGAAAGUCUGAUUUCAGGCCUUUUAAAGAUCGUCUCUGAACAGCGGCACCAGAAAUUUGGAGAAGCUCAAAUUUUCUCUUAUUAUCGUGAAGCAGAGGACAUUUCUUCUGAAGCUGAACAGCACUGCUGCAGAAUAAAUAUGCUAAGCAUCACAGGAAACCAGAUCAAGUCAUGUUAAUGUUUAACCCCUUUCGGUUAUAUGAAAUUUCCACACAAGCAACAGAAUGAAGAACAGUGCCUGAAUGUUGCUGAAGGACAACAGGACUCUGUUUAUUUUUAUUAUGCUGCCUUCUCCUGGCUGACUCUGGACAAGGUAAGAUGAAAUAAAUUACAUUUUUGGACUUCAGGUUUUUCACUCUCUUAAAUAAAGCACAAAACAGUCUAAUUUUCAUGCAAAAUAAUCACUUCAGAAAGACCAUUUCACUUUAACAGAAUACUCAAGCCUGCAGUCAGGGUCUGUUUGUUUUUACUCUGUCAUUGAUGUGCAGGACAGGUUGGCCAUUACUACAAGCACUGUUUACGUCAAAAGUCUCAACGCUUACAAAUACGUGGUUUACUUCUGUUCCAACCAUCUAGCAUCUCACAGCCAUGUAUCUUAAUGCUCCCAUAGUAUUUGACUGAAAUUGUAAUGAGGUCAAAUAUACCAUCCAACAACAAAAUCAUAGAUAGGAAGGUACGCCUCCACAAAUCUGUUUGCAUUUAUUGGUAAAUGUUGAUGUAAUAGUCACAUAAGAAUGCUAUAGAAUGUAUAAGGUGGUACAAGCUGGGACUGAAGAAGAACAUUUUCAUUUACUUGAUACAUGUCACAACACAGAGGCAGAAUCAGCAUACUUACCCAGGCUGAUUGAAAAAGCUAAGUAAAAAGCAGUUAAAAACACCAAUUUUACAAUUAAGUUUAUUGAGGGCUAAAUUAGUAUUCACUUGCUUAUUAAUUGUUUAUGCAGGCCUUAGUGUAGACAUCCUUCAGAUGACAGACAGACAGAAAAAUAUUUGGAAACACAAGAGCUAAAGCCUUUUCACCAUAUAAUUAUUAGAAGAUGAAGCAUUCCUAAGCCUACAUUAACAUUAACCAGUUCAAAGGGUACAGACAGAACAGACGGGAGGUUCAGAGAGGCAAUGCUGCACUCUGAAACCCUACAGCAGGAAGAGCUGUGAAAUGAUCCCAUCCUAACUCUGAAAUGUACUGCAACACAUACAGUUAAUGGAGUUUUUAUAAACUGAGGUGGUAUUUCACAGGCUUAUUUUCAGGUAUAAUUGAAUUUUUCUCUGGAGUUUAUCUUUUAAUGGAGUUGGAUUAAGACAAUAAUUCUCCAUUAGGUAACAUCCAUGACAGCAGCCACAAGGAUGCGUGACAAUCCCCACAAUGGGCUAUUCUCUGAAGAAUGGCACUCUCAGCACUUCUAAAAAUUAAGACAACUUCAUGCUCUGAGUUUAGCAAACCUACCCAUAGUACAGAACAGGCUGAGUUUCAAUACCUACAGUUGCAUUCUAGUAUAAGAAAAUUGAAAGGCAAGGCAGCCUGGGUUAGUCCUGGAUGGUGGAUCCAAUUCUUAAUGAUAAGAAAUGAUCUUGCUCUUCAAAGGUAGGAAGGAUAUGGUAGCACAGCUCUUCACAGCAGGUCACAGAGCUGGGGCUAGGAGACUCUUCUAAGUGACAGACUGCACUAACAGAGACAAUUCCAGCCCCAGAACCAUUAACACACAAGCAGAAAGUCAGUAUGUGCAUUCUAUAACAUAUACGGAGGUUGAAAGAUGUCAAAUUUUGCUCUUGUUGGAAAAGCUUCAUCAUUAAGUCAUUUCCCAGAAUCAUUGAACCACUGGGGAAGGAAUUAUUUCCUCUUGGCUGACAGCAGUGUUUGUAUGUCCUUAUGCUGCUACAUAAAACACAGCUUCUAGAUGCUACACAGUUCAGUAGGAAAAAUCCACAGUAAAUACUUAACAAUCUGAAACAUCCCUGGAAGCUAUGGUGUGAUGGGCAAUAAAAAUUUCAGGGAUGGAACAAAUAGGUUACAGCUUGAAUCUGCAGAGAACUAACCUUCACAACCUGUGCACAGUUGUACUGAAUUAUAAAAAAACAAAACAAACAAAAAUCCAACAUGUAAUAAACAAUGGAAAAGCAGACAGAACGCUCAUCCUGUACAGACAGAUGCUGUCUUCCAAACAAGUCCCAAACAUUUCUGUAACUGCCCAGUAUCUUCAGUGAAAUUUUUAUGUACAGAAUGUGAAAUUUCACAGAGAUCUCAUCACAUUCACUAUUUCAAACCAACUGCAAUGUCCCUCCUUUAAUUAUUCACUAAGAACAAACUGUUUUUUCUAGCUUCAGCUCCAAAAAGGUUCAGUGUUUUUGUAACACUCCCUCCCAGCUUCUGCUUUUGCUAAUAGCCCUUAUGCAAAUCCCUGCUUGGCUCUGGCAGUCAGCUGGUAGCAGCCUGCAGCACCACACGUUCCUUUUCCUUACUUCCACCUUACACUGCCAUUCCUUUUUCCUUCCUCUUUGCGUAAUAUAGAAAAACUGAAGUGGACUCGAGUUGCUGAAGUUUUUUUUUUUCAUGUUAAUGGCUGAAAGACAAUCAAGGUUGUUUACACAGUAAAUUUAUCCCUUGGGAGCAGCUGAGAAAAAAAGUAUUCUUCUGGGCCUUGAUUUCCUCGUGUUUUUCUUUGGCCUAUGCAUCAGUGCAGACCGAAGAGCACUGCUGACAGAACACAGAAUCAAAAUGGAUGAAUCCUCCACCUAACACACAAAUCCACUUUCCAGAAUGCUCAGUGGAAAAGAGGCAUUCUUUCAGCAUGAAAUUCAGUGCAUACUGAUAAUCUGCAUGCCUAAUUAAACUACGAUCAGAAGACAGUAUCUGGAUAAUAGAAGAUGAACCCACUCGAUGCAACAAAAUCAGGAUUUUUACUGUGCAUUGCUGUCUGUAUGUUCAUCUACACUUUCAUCUACCUGAAGGACACACUUUCUGCAGAGCAAGAGGAACAGAAAUUUAGCACAAAUAGAGCAGAGUGUGGAUUUUACCCAGAUGAACUUUGUUCAGCUCUUUUUGUGGGGAAAACCGCAGCCCUUAAAAUUGGAAACAUUUGUCAGAACACCUACAGACCUGCAGCACUCAGUUGUGUUCAGACCUCAUGCAACUGUUCCAUGGUUUUUAAGGCUCUGCACUUUAUAACGAGACCACUGUCAGAUGAAGAAGGAAAUUUCUCACUGGCGUACAUUAUCACAAUUCACAAGGAGCUGGAAAUGUUUGUAAAGCUGCUAAGAGCUAUUUAUACACCUCAGAAUAUUUACUGCAUACAUGUUGAUGAGAAGUCACCAACAGAUUAUAAAGCUGCUGUACAAAACAUCGUAAAUUGCUUUGAAAAUAUUUUUAUUUCCUCAAAAAGGGAAAACGUUGUUUAUGCAGGAUUUUCAAGGCUACAAGCUGAUAUUAACUGCAUGAGAGAUCUGGUUCACUCCAAAAUCCAGUGGAAUUAUGUUAUUAAUCUAUGUGGUCAAGAUUAUCCUAUUAAAACAAACAAAGACAUUAUAAAAUAUAUCAAAAGUAAAUGGAAUGGUAAAAAUAUGACUCCCGGGGUAGUCCAACCACUCCACAUGAAACACAGGACACAGGUUAGUUACAGAGAAUACGUGCAUUCUGGAACGUCGUACGUGUAUCCAACAAAGAAUGCAAAAACUAAACCUCCAUACAACUUGACUAUAUAUUUUGGUAGCGCCUACUACAUAUUAACUAAAGAAUUUGUAGAGUUUACACUGACUGAUGCACGUGCAAAAGACUUGCUUGAAUGGUCAAGAGACACAUACAGUCCGGAUGAACACUACUGGGUCACACUGAACCGCCUGCAUGAUGCCCCAGGUGCCACUCCAAACGCAGACUGGGAAGGAAACAUACGAGCCAUUAAAUGGAAAGAUCAAGAAGGAACCGUACACAAAGGCUGCAAAGGUCAUUACAUCAGAGACAUUUGUGUCUAUGGACUGGGGGAUUUACAGUGGAUUAUCGAGUCGCCUCACUUAUUUGCCAACAAAUUUGAGCCUGCAACGUAUCCACUCGUGAUGGACUGCCUAGAGAGACGCCACAGGCUGAAAGUGCUGCACCAGGCUGAGGUCCCAAUUGAAGAUGACUGGCGUUUUCAGGAAGAUAACUCUUUCAACAUGAAGCUGAAUGUUUGAGGUUAACUGAAAUGUAAAUGUAUACCCAAAAUACUGAGAACCCAUCAAUGUUUCCAUCCAUAGACUUCGUUCACUUGGUGUACUCUGCUUGCCCCCAUGCUGUAAUGCUGUACUACUGUUUCACCAGUGAAAUAAGCAGUUAGUGUUACUACAGUAAAAGAGCAAGCAAGAGCUGCUGAAGGAUUAAUUCCUAGAGAAAAUGAUGUCUGUAACAAGGGGAAAGUUCAUAAUCUUCUAAGUGACUCAUUUAACUGGAAAACACACAUUCCCCAUGUCUGUAGCUGAAAAAAAAAAAAGAGGACUAAGUGGUAUAAAAGUAAAAAAAUGGAAGUAAUGACUGAACAAAGGUGAAAUAUGAAGAGCACAAGCUAACUAAAGUCAUGUCUGCCGUAUGCUUUAUAAAACAGAUUGCUCUGAGUGACAAACUCGUCACUAAAGCUGCAGAGCUUGCAGAGAAGCAGGUGACAGCCAGUUUCAGACACAGUCUAUUUCACUGUUAUUCAUGGCCAGCUGCAUCUCUAAUUUCAUUGUGUAGCAUGGCAACACCACUCGUGCACUAUUUAUGUUCUUCUCCUACUAAAAAGGGUGUCUGUGUCAGUAACAGUAGUAGGUGUCCUGCAAUGCGUGUUUACUUUAAGUCCUUGUUUUUCAUCCUCUGCAGGAGUUUGGGGCAAGGAGGCAUAGGAAAUGGGAGGCCAGGGAACAAAGGAAAACAGAGUGAAAAGCUGUUUUCCAAUCCCCACAGCUUCCCUGAAUCUUGACAACAACUGGAGAUAACACCCAUAAGCACCCAGGAUAAGGAUCCCGUUUCCCAGAUCCUUUGCAACCAACUGCAGUUCUGAUUAGCCUGCACAAAGAAAGUGGCUUUCCAUAUUCAACCGAAGUCAAAACAGGGAAUGUAAUAUAAAGAGAACGAGGACGCAGCCCUCUUCCAGGCAAGAGCUCCUCCUCCCCUUCCCCUUAAGGACUCUUAAAUAAAUCCUCUCAAUUGUGCCACAGAAAAGACUGGAGAUUGAUGGGGAGACAGAAUAGAGUUGGUGGUGAAUUCUGAGAAGUCAUCUCAGUUUUUCCUCCUUUAAAAGGUUUUUAUUUUUGCAAAAACGCAUUAGUUCCAUUACAUCCAAAUAAGCUUCAUUUUUUUUUUGUAUUAACUCUGAUGGGAGUGAGUAAAAAAUAUCCUGUUGUUUAUAAAUUCUCUUGAUUAGAAACUACAAAUUGUAAAGAAAUAUCUGUGAACAAUUUAGUUGUAAACUUCAAUAUACACCCAAAAUAGCACUCAUUUUGCAGGAAAACUGGCUUAAAGAUUAAGUCUUUUUCAAAACAAAAACAAAACCCACAAAAAUGAAUUAACAAAUGCCCCACAGCAGAAGAAACAAAUUUCCUGGAACUGUAAUGCUCAUUUUCCCACACAAGUUUCUUGGAAACAAUGCUUUUCAAACAAACUUUAACCUAAAGGAGGACCAUCUGGUCCAUAUUUAUUUACAGAAACUUACAAACUCAACCCAAAGGCCUGGACUCAGCCUACUCACAGCCUACCCCAUGGCUGACUAUUGCUGAAGACAUUCCUUUAUGGAUGGAAGGAAACAAACAAGUCAGCUGGCACAUUCAGUCAGAAAUGUUGAACAUCCUUCUGAAACCAGUUCUGACACUGCUAGGUCUCUGCAUAUAUCAGAGGGAACAAAAUGCACAGUAACUCCUCUCCAAACCACAUCCAAUCCACUGCAAGGUUCUCCCAGCAUUUCUCCACUCCAUGCUGGUUUUAAGAGCACGAACGUAACAUUCCUCAUUGCUGUCUCUGUAGGAAAUGCAGUACCUAGCUUUCACUGUUCAUCACUGCUAUGCAGAACAACUGUGUUUCACCUCUGAAUUGAAUGAGGAAGUGAAAUUUGAUAGGAACUACUUUCAGAUUGGCUCAGCUUGCAGGAAUUGAUCAAACUGAGGGGAAAAAAAAAAGUAGAAGCAGCUUUCUUCUUGAAAACAAAAAUUACAACUUCACCAAUGUCAGCUUAAGAAAGGUACUGGUGAGCAAACCUCCUUCCCUAAAGGAUUUUGUAUUUUAAAUCACAAAAUUAUACACAUAUAAAAGCCCUGAUUAAUCCACCCAUUCUUAAUCAUUCAGAAACAUUAUUUUAGCCAUCACUGAGUAAUCAUAACAACAUUAAUUUCUUAUAGUGUUGCUUUUUUGUUUGUUUGUUUUUCAGUUCUAUCAACAGUUUAAAAAAAAUCAAGUAAUAAACCCGUGAAAGCUGAAAACUGAAAGCAUUACAUGCAUUACAAAACUGAUCAAUCUGCUUUCACACAGUAACACACACACAACUCUGGGAUCUCAGCAGAUGCUUACUAAUUUUUGGUAACUGCUGCUCUAAGCACGAAGUGGCAAUGUGACCGUGGUCCAAGGAGACACUGGGCUCUGCACACACAUUAACAUGUAUCUGAAAGAUGUAUGCACAAUUCCUAUUUCAAAAGCCUGAGGAACACGUCCAAUAGCUCUAUAUCUAAGUCAAACAUUUAAGUGUUUAAUGUGGCACAGACUUAAAUAGUUAAGAUACUAUUUCUGGCACAUAUUAAAGUCUGUUAAACGUAGAAACACUUCCAAAAUAAGCUGUAAAGGGAAGCCAGAGACCACACUUGAAAAACCUGGUUAAAAAAGAGGUUUGUACAAUGGUCAUAAGCAAGGAACUAAUUAAACAAAGUACAAGGAACAUUAUAACAACUCAUUUGUACUUCUCACUGCCUUCUGGCCUCUCUGUGCAGUGGGUUUCAUAAACCUCAGAAGCUGGACAUCCCUUCUGAUUAUGCCAGAACCACAGCAUUUCCAGCAUUGAGUGACAACAAAGCUCCUGUACAAUUCCAUCUUUUACUUCAAUCAUUUAGUUACACCACUGGUAGAAAUGUGCAAUCUUAAUGACAGGAAUCUGUACAGAGUAAGCAGUAUCAGAGCAGCCCCAUCACAAAUAUCCCAGAGAGCCUGUUCAGAACAUGAUAAAACAGAUGUUUGGUGGCUCCACUGCAUGCUGCCAGUCCUUCUCCCUCCUCAGGCCGCCUUACUACAUGCCACACAUUCACUGAUUCCCUUGAUAGGCAUCUGGAACAGCUGUAUCAUCUCAUCUGUAUAAUCUCCAUGUUACACAGACUGAUCAGAAGUCUGGAAGUUUCAGCACAAAUUCAAUAAUCAUUACUCUGCCCAUGAACAGACUGCCACAGAUUAGCACUGAGAGCCUUGUUCAAGACAUCUUCAAAUAGAAAAAACAAUUUUCAAGUAUGGGUUGUUCUUUUAAUUUAAUUUUAGCAGUCUGAUGGAGAAUACAAACACACAGCAAGUGAAAAGUUCUCGCUUAAAAGUGCAGAUUUUAACCUGAUGUUUUUUAUGUCACAUUCAGUCCUUCCUGAAGAACGGCAGGCAUGAAGCAGGACAGAGCAGAAAGCUGCUGAGUCAGGGCUUCAUGCUGCACAGCACUCAUCAGCAUCAAAUGCCUUUAUCACAAAGCAAAGUUGCUGCUCUUCUUUCCUCUUAACAGUCACAUCCUGUACAUUUCAGCACCCAUCUUCCCACUGCUAUUUACAACCUCCUUCCUUUGCUUUAUAAAACUCUGAAAAAAUGCCUUAGAAAAAAAUGCAUGUCUGUGUAAAACCAUAAGUACAACUACUUCAUGUAAAGGUCCUACUGAGGAAUUAUUUUUAUUUUGAAAUGAAAUGAAUUUUUAUUUAUCAUUGAAAUGAAAAGACUGCUUCAUCUCCCAUGUACCUAAGCUCUUUAAAGCCUUCCAAAUCCAAUACAGCAGCAAAUACUGCCAAGAUAAACCAAGGGAGACUGAAUUCUUAAUCUGGUGUUUUUCUUGGGUUCCUUGGGUUAGGCAGGGCCUGCACAUGCAUUCAAUUCUUCUAAACACUUGUUUCACAAUAAGCAUGUCGCCGUGUUAGUAUAUCUAUGAGCUGUCACAGAAAUUAAAAAAGAAAAUGGAGAAGUGAGCAGAGAGAUAGCUGUCUGUGGGAUCUCCCAGUGAAGUGUUUUAUCACUUUCUGGGUUCUGAUGACCUAAGCCAGAAGAUCUAGAAAGGAAGUAAUCCUCUGCUUUGAGCAAAGGAAAAUAAUUUCCUACAGUUCCACGAAGAACAGCAUUUUUCUGACAUGCAUCUUGUAGCACAUGAAUAUAUGACCUCUGUGACCUUGUUCAGAUUAUCUAGCUGAAAGUAUACAAAGCUCAGGACUGCAGACUUCCUGUUUGCACUUGCUGAAGAAGAGAUAUUCAGCAGUGUUUUUUCUGCAUCAUUAAUGCGUCUCUUCACAAAGUCCUUCAGGAAACAGUUGUUAACAUAUUAGCAGGCUUCCAAGCCUGGUCUGCAGGCUUACAAGUGAGAUUAAUGCACAAGAAUAGCUUGUUUUGCAAGAGCUUUCCUGAAUUUCACAGUAGUAGAGAAAAGAGCUGCUAUCCAUCUAGAUUUCCCAGUUUGCAUUUAUACUACAAAUCUCAGCUCGAGAUGAAGCAAAAUCAGAUUCUAACAUAUGAAAAGGCUGGAUGCUGAGAGUACAGAGACAGGAUUGCUCUUUCUGAACCACUCAUCACAUCACACAUCUGACCCACCAUGGCCCACAUGGAUCCCACAGGAUACAUUUUGACUCAAAACCAGGAUCAUUCUUAAACCAGCAGUUACACCAGGAGAAACAUUGUAUCCAGACACCACAAUAUUCAAACACUGCACUUCAGAGUUUUUGCAUUUUGAAAGAAUACCUUCCUGAAAGCAACACUUAUUUGUUAGGAAGCAAUUCCUAAUCCUAGCUUAAGCACAAUACACAACACUACUUUUCCUCUCUAAUUUUUUUCCAGUUCACUUUACUAUAUUGUCAUAUAAAGACAAAAUGUGCUAGGGAAAUUAAGAUAAUUAGGGCUACAUAUACACAAAUUGGUAGCUACUAAUCUGCAUAUUCAAAUGAAAAAAACCAGAACUUUAAAAUAGUAGAUAAGAACACAGUUCUGCAUAAUACAUAUAAAUACACAUGUACAUACACAUGUCCAUCUAUCUCUGAGGGUCAUGUCUAACCCCACUGCUAUUAAAGCCAGA